UUGCUUUUUUUUUAACUAGGAUACCAGCUUCUUCAUUGCUUUUGUUUUUUUCGUCACUGUUUUAGGUGAAGAAGGGUAAAAAUGAAGCCAUCAGUACACUGGAAAAUCUGGAAGACGAUGAGGGAUUCAAGGAGUUCGUGUCAGUGCAUCAGAAUCGCAGCCAAGCCCCGACGUGGGCAAACGACACAGUGGAGAAGCAGCAGCCAGUCGAACCCGACAGUGGCAAGGCAAAGAACAAGAAGAAGCCGGCUGCAGAUGAUUACAUCAACUUUGACUCUGAUGAGUCAGAAGAUGAGAAGGAAGAAGAGGACGACAGUGAAGAUGAAGAUUUGGUUUUCUUAUCGAGAGCGAGCUUAAGAAGGACGCUGUGUGGGGAACAGACAAAAUGCCGAAAGAUAAUAGGGACAAUUAUGAACAUACGCCUUUGUUGAUUAAACAGCCGGAAGAAACAAGACGGGGUAUAAAGUUUCCAAACAAAUCCCUUCUUCUGGCAACCUUUGCUGCUUGUAUAGGAGGAAGCUUCCAGUAUGGAUAUAACGUCUCCAUCAUUAAUGCACCCACUAAGCAUGUGCAAGAGUUCAUCAACCAAACGUGGACAGUGCGUUAUCAGACCGGAAUUGCAGAGGAUGCUCUCACCUUUUUGUGGUCCAUCAUUGUGUCAAUAUUUACCCUUGGAGGACUAGUAGGAGUGACAGUUGGAGGAACAUUGUCAAUAAAGCUGGGGAGGAAAGGGACGUUGUUGACUAACAACAUUCUGGCAAUAACUGCUGCACUGAUGAUGGGUCUGAGCUAUGGAACAGGAUCGUUUGAACUCAUCAUCAUCGGCCGUCUUAUCAUUGGAGUAAAUGCAGGCAUUGGCCUUAUUGUUCAACCUUUGUACUUGACUGAAAUCGCUCCGACUGCCAUCCGUGGCCUCCUGGGAAUGGGGACCUAUGUUUUUCUCACUGGGGGGAUCCUGACUGGACAAGUGAUGGGGCUCAAAGAGCUGCUGGGUAGAGAAGAGUAUUGGCCCAUUCUGCUGUCCACCACGGCUAUCCCAGCGAUCAUGCAGCUCCUGACCCUCCCCUGGUUCCCGGAGAGUCCUUGCUUUCUCCUCAUUGACAGAGGAGAUGAUGAGGGAUGCAAAAAAGCCGUAAAGCAACUCCACGGUGCUGCAAAUUGUGAAAAAGAAAUGGAGGAAAUUGAGAACGAGAGAAACAACCUGGUUGAAAUCACGGCCAAAAAGCCGUGGGAACUGUUUGCGGACCGCGACAUGCGCUGGCAGCUUAUCACCGUCAUGCUUCUCAAUGCAGCUGAGCAGCUCAAUGGAAUCAACGCCAUCUAUUUUUUCGCAGAUUAUGUGUUCAGACAAGCAGGAAUUCCUAAUGACAAAAUACCGUAUGCCACCGUGGGCACUGGUGCCUGUGAAUGCCUCACUGUUUUGACACGUGGUUUGCUCAUUGAGAGGCUGGGAAGGAAGGUGCUGAUUAUUGGGGGAUACACGCUGAUGAGUAUCUGCUGCAUUUUGUUCACUCUGACCAUCACCUUACAGGAAACCAGUUCAGUUUUUCCUUACCUGAGCAUGGCAUGUAUUUUUGCCUUCAUUCUGAGCUUUGGAUUAGGACCUGGCGCUGUGACUAACAUCUUGAUCGUGGAUCUGUUCACACAAAAGUCACGGCCUGCAGCCUACAUGAUUGCAGGCUCCAUAAACUGGACCAGCUUGUUUUUAAUCAGCAUGAGCUUCCCUUUUAUUGUGAUCCAUCUGCAGCAGUACUGCUUCCUGGUGUCUAUGGGAAUAUGCACUAUGGUGGCGAUUUACUUCUUCUUUUUUAUCCCUGAGACUAAGAACAAAACCUUCCUGGAAAUCCAGAAUGAGUUUAAGUCCAGAAACAAAAAGAAGGAAUGACACUGUUGGCAUCUUCAGGAUAAAAUCUCCAGAUUGUAGUUUUCCAUCCAUCAAUCCAACUUCUUCCGCUUAUUUAAUUUUAUUAUUUUUGUUUUCCUUUUUCCUGCUUUGUUUGAAUGCUGAUUGUUUUUGAAUGUGUUUUUAGAUAGCUCCACAUUCAUGCACUGUAUGAUGUUGUGACAUUUCAAGUUUUUGUCAUUGUUGUAUCUUUUGUCAAUUUUACUGAAUGGUCACUAAACUUUUCAUGGUCAAAAGCGCUGUGAAUUGUUCUAGGUGGUAGUAGAGCCCUAUUUUUGAGUGAAACAAAAACUAAAGAAAACUUGUUUUUUGAGGAUUGAAAUUAAAUGGGGAGAAUGACUGAGCCAGAACCUGCAGAAAAGUGGAGAAAGAAGAGCAUACAGUGUUAAAAAAUGACAGAAGAAGAAGGUCAUCCGCUAGUAUUCGUUUUGCGUCCUCUUCUACUGAUUUUUUCCUCAAGAUGCCUGAGGAAAUGUUGAAAGAACAUGAGUUUCAAAACACAGGCUGUGAUGUCUAUGGAAGAGCAUGAAAGUCCGGAAAUGGAGAUUCUUUUAUAUUUCUUAUUUGCCUGUUUUCUACCCCUUGUCCCUCUCGGGGUGCGUUGAAGUAAUCAUGGACCAGGGUGACAAAAACAUGCAAUUAAGUAAUCAAAAUAAUCGUUUUAAUGCCUUAUCGACACUGUCUAUGCUGGGGAAUGUGCUCCCGUCACCGCCUGCUGCUACCUUGUUGUUUGUAUGUUCAGUUUUCCUUUGUUGGUGCAGCAGACCUGGCUCUUACUUUUUGUUUUCCUCAUAGAGUGCCUGUGUUUCCCUGUGGGCGGAGUUGUGAGCGUACUUGCCAACCCUCCCAAUUUUCCCGGGAGACUCCCGAAUUUCAGUGCCCCUCCCAAAAAUAUCCCGGGACAACCAUUCUCCCGAAUUUCUCCCGAUUUCCACCCGGACAACAAUAUUGGGGGUGUGCCUUAAAGGCACUGCCUUUAGCGUCCUCUACAACCUGUCGUCACGUCCGCCUUUACUCCAGACAAACAGCGUGCCGGCCCAGUCACAUAAUAUAUGCGGCUUUAACACACACAUAAGUGAAUGCGACCCAUACUUGAUCAAUAGCCAUACAGUUAACAGCGUGCCGGCCCAGUCACAUAAUAUAUGCGGCAUUAACACACACAUAAGUGAAUGCGAAGCAUACUUGAUCAACAGCCAUGCAGGUCACACUGAGGGUGGCCGUAUAAACAACUUUAACACUGUUACAAAUAUGUGCCACACUGAACCCACACCAAACAAGAAUGACAAACACAUUUCGGGAGAACAUCCGCACCUUAACACAACAUACCCAAAACCCCUUGCAGCACUAACUCCUCCGGGAUGCUACAAUAUACACCCCCGCUACCACCAAACCCCGCCCACCUCAACCAUACCCCCAGCCCCACCUCAACCCCGCCGCCCCCCCAUCUCCCGAAUUCGGAGGUCUCAAGGUUGGCAAGUAUGGUUGUGAGACGUGCACAGCUGUGUCCAAUCUCACCAGCACUACUUAAGCAGCACCUUGUCAGCUGGAUGGCACUCUGCAAUUCCACUCCUUGACUCUCCAUGUCAGAAGACCCCUAUGCUUCUUGAAUUUUUGCUACUUACCUUCUUGGCUAUUUCCAGUGCCAUCCAGCUUGGUGUACUGUGGUAGUUUGCACGUCUUGCAACUCCGACCCAAGUUUAGUUAUUUUUCUAUAUUAGCUUUUGUCCUUUUUUCACGGUGCUCAUUUUGUGUUCUCUUUUUCGCACCGUCGCUUUUUGU